CCAGAAAAUUAUUCGUUUCUCCCAAACUCCGAAAAAAAAAUCAGUCGUCCACUGUUGCAACUCUCCCGGCCAUGGCAGCAGCGGCGGCGCAGAGGCUUCUUGCGUCGAGCACGAAGAUCGUCGGGGCCGGGCGCAACUACAUCUCCCAUGCCAAGGAUCUCGGCAACCCUGUCCUCAAGGAACCCGUCCUGUUCCUGAAGCCCACGUCGUCAUUCCUCCACGCCGGCCCGACCGCCGGCCCCAUCGAGGUGCCCGAGCCGCUCGAGUCGCUGCACCACGAGGUCGAACUCGCCGUCGUCAUCUCCCGGCGCGCGCGCGAUGUCCCCGAGGCCUCCGCCAUGGAUUUCGUCGGAGGUUAUGCACUUGCUUUGGACAUGUCAUCAAACGAUCUGCAAUCAGCUUCUAAGUCUGCAGGUCUUCCUUGGACUUUGGGUAAAGUACAGGACACCUUUACUCCAAUUAGUGCGGUGGUUCCGAAAUCUGCAAUCGCUAAUCCCUAUGACCUAGAACUGUGGCUAAAGGUAGAUGGUGAACUUAGGCAGAAGGGACUUACAAGUGAUAUGAUAUUCAAGAUUCCUUUUCUAAUCAGUUAUAUCAGUUCCAUCAUGACAUUAAUGGAGGGCGAUGUGAUAUUAACUGGUACUCCUCCCGAUGGCGUUGGUCCUGUCCGAGUGGGACAGAAGAUUAAUGCUGGUAUAACUGACCUCAUUGAUGUAGAGUUUGAUGUUGAGAGACGCAAACGUUCAUUUUCUUACUGAUGCAGUAAGCAAGAAAUAUGGAAAUAAAAUUCUGAGAGUACCGGAGAAUCAUUCUCGAGGAAUAUUUGGAAUUUGAAGGAUUUUGGGGAUGCAAUUUCAACCUCUGCUUUCUACCGAUCCUGGUGAAUAUAUCUGUUCCUGUGGUUGAUUACGACCCGUAUUAAGUUAGUGCCGGAUGAUGGUGCCACUUGGAGCUACGCACAUUUACGUUUUUCAGUCCACCCUCUGUCAGACAUGUGGCAACAUUUGGCAAUUGCUGCUUGCCAAUUGUCUUCGCAUCUGUUCAUACGUAUGAAUUAUAUAUGUUGCUGUA